UACAACGUUACAUGUCCACUUGAUCAUCAUCAUAUGGCAUUCAUGGAUUCCAUAAUCCAAAAAUGCACUACUCUCUCACACAUCAAACAAGUCCAAGCCCACCUCCUCACCACCGGCCAAUUCAACCUCCGCAUCUCCCCCUCCCGCACCAGGCUCCUCGAGCACUGCGCCCUCUCUCCCUCCCCCGCCUACCUCCCCUACGCCGCUCACAUCCACCGCCACAUCCCCCACCCCUCCACCAACGACUUCAACGCCCUCCUCCGCGGCCUCGCCCGCAGCCCCCACCCCACCCACGCCCUCUCCUUCCUUCCCACCAUCCCCCACCCCGACGCCCUCACCUUCUCUUUCUCCCUCAUCGCCUCCGCCCGCGCCCUCGCCCUCUCCGAAACCUCCCAAAUCCACUCCCACCUCCUCCGCCGCGGCUGCCACGCCGACAUCCUCCUGGGGACCACAUUAAUCGACGCCUACGCCAAAUGCGGCGAUCUUGACAGCGCACAGCGCGUGUUCGAUGAAAUUCCUUUGCGAGAUGUUGCCGCGUGGAACGCUCUCAUUGCUGGGCUUGCUCAGGGGAGCAAGUCCAGCGAGGCGUUGGCUUUGUUCCAUCGGAUGAGAGCUGAGGGUGAGAAGAUAAAUGAAAUCAGCGUUUUGGGCGCCCUCGCGGCUUGCUCGCAGCUCGGUGCUUUGCGGGCUGGCGAGGGGGUUCAUGCGUGUGUGAGGAAGAUGGAUCUCGACAUUAAUGUGCAGGUCUGCAAUGCGGUUAUUGAUAUGUAUGCAAAAUGCGGGUUUGCCGAUAAGGGUUUUCGUGUGUUUAGUACCAUGACUUGUGGGAAGAGUGUGGUCACAUGGAACACGAUGAUCAUGGCCUUUGCAAUGCAUGGCGAUGGAUGCAGAGCUCUCGAGCUUUUUGAAGAAAUGGGAAAAACCCAGGUUGAGAUGGAUAGUGUAACGUAUCUGGCAGUGCUAUGUGCCUGUAACCAUGCAGGCUUGGUGGAAGAGGGGGUGAGGCUGUUUGAUGAAAUGGUAGGGCGUGGAGUGAAUCGAAACGUGAAGCAUUAUGGGAGUGUGGUUGAUUUGUUGGGUCGAGCUGGGAGGCUGGGUGAGGCUUAUCGCAUUAUAAACUCAAUGCCUAUUGUCCCUGAUGUUGUGCUUUGGCAGAGCUUGCUGGGGGCUUGUAAGACUUAUGGGAAUGUGGAGAUGGCAGAAAUGGCAUCCCGGAAGCUAGUUGAGAUGGGAUCCAACAGUUGUGGGGAUUUCGUGUUGCUGUCGAACGUGUACGCAGCACGGGAGAGGUGGGAAGAUGUGGGGAGGGUGAGGGAGGCCAUGAAGAGUAGGGAUGUGAGGAAGGUGCCAGGGUUCAGUUACAUCGAGGUUGAGGGUGUGAUACACAAGUUCGUGAAUGGUGAUCAGUCUCACCCUGACUGGCGAGAGAUUUAUGCAAAGCUAGAUGAGAUUAGGUUUAGGAUUAAGGCAUUCGGGUAUGUGGCUGAGACCAGUCUUGUGCUGCAUGAUAUAGGGGAGGAGGACAAGGAGAAUGCACUGUGCCAUCACAGCGAGAAGUUGGCUGUGGCUUUUGGUUUGAUCAGUACCAGUGAAGGGACCCCAAUUCGAGUGAACAAGAACCUAAGAAUAUGUGGGGAUUGUCAUGUCGUGAUUAAGCUUAUUUCAAAGAUUUAUGAUCGGGAAAUUAUUGUGAGGGAUCGAGCAAGGUUUCACAGAUUCAAGGAUGGAUCUUGUUCUUGCAGGGAUUAUUGGUGAAACUAACUUAUUCUUUUGAUGUAACAGAGCCAUUACAUGGUGAUCCGACUAGCAGUUUCCAAUCAUGUCUGCAUUCUUCUUAAAAUAAGAAAAACAAGCAUAAAUAUAAGAGGUCUACUAAAUAAUCGGAAGGUAUUUUUCUAUAUAUAUAGAUAAGGAUAUCACAUAUUCCACCCA